CGAAAAAGGAAAGUUGGAAGUUAUUACAGGGGCAUGAUCUAUUCCUUCUCAUUGAAAAGGUUUUCAUUUUUCGCAAAACUCCAUAAAUCUUACAGUCAUCCGUAUUUCUUUGUAGUCGAUAUAUAUAUAAAUAUAUAUAUAAAUAUCACAUAUGUAUGCCAUAUGCUGGAUCUGAUUUUACGAAACGUACACCCGAAACUAAACCGGCAGCCGAUAAUGAUGAACGCGUGCUUCAAUUUCAAUGGUAACGUCGUCGAUCUGUCCCGUUCCUACCUAUUCGAGGCCACCGGAGAUUCAUCAGACGUUGAGUCUUCCGUUCUACACCAGGAUUCGGCGGUGGUUGAGGACGACGAUGCCCAGUCAUGCAGCGGCCGUAGCGUUAUCGGGGAGGUUCACGAUGAAGACUGCCGCAGCGACGAUUGCCCUCAUCAAGAGCUUAUUAAUCCUAUUUCCAGUUGUUUUAGGUACGAGGAAAAAGGUUACAAUAAUUAUAAUAACUGGGAUGAAGACAACAAUGAUGAGGACGAGGACGAGAAUGAGGACGAAGUUGAAGUAAAUCAACGGUCGGUGUUGAGCAUUAAAAUUGGGCAUAAGAUCUUGCCGUUGGGAGUUAGGGGGGCAAAACGGACAAAAAAAACAAAGGUUUGUAAUUUGGAGAUGAUUAGUGAAAAGGAGAGGGAUAGGCUCUUCUGGGAAGAUUGUUUAUUGUCCUAAUUAAUUCCCAACUAAUUACCUCCAUCGCCGAGCUUUGGUCCGAACAAAGUUUGGAUUCGAUCCAAUUCAGAUGUAUGUAUGUAACACUAUUAAUUACUUCCUUUUUAAUUAAUUAUCUUUUAAUCUAGAGGUAUUUAUCUAAAUAGGAGUAAAUUAAUUU